CUGCGGGGGGCGCUAUCAUACUUUCUUGGACUCGCUCAAGACACACAGCUCGAGAUGAUGUCCUCCGGUGUGAGCGUGGCGGCGGCGGCGGUAGUGGCGGCCCUGCUGGUGUCGGUGGAGGCCGAGCCGGGGUUGUUCAAGGGCCGGGGAAGGUGCCACCCUAAGAUCGUGCCUUUCUACAACACUGUUUACGAUAAAGUUCCGAUCCACCACACCGUGUACGACGACAACUUGAUCUACAGCACCGUGUACCACACCGUGUACAAGACGCACUACAUGACGCACCACACCACGCAGUACGUGCCACAGUACGUCACCAAGGACGUGCACAAGGAUGAGGUCCACUACGUGCCCAAGUACAAGACGGAGCACAAGACGGAGUACGUGCCGCAGUACGUCACCACCACGCAGCUCGUGCCUUCCUACGUCACCACCACGGACUACAAGACGCAGCACCACACGGACACCAAGCUGGAGACCGUGUACAGCAACGUGGUGGUGCCCAAGUACGUGACCACCAAUGAAGUGCAGUACAAGACCCACUACGAGACUGUGUUCGUGCCGCAGUACGUCACCGUCACCAACACCAAGCAGGAGUACCAGACGGUGUGCCCCAAGAACUCCUACGACUACUACUGACGGAGGAGCUGACGGAGGCGGUGACGGAGGCGAUGACGGAGGUGCUGACGAAGCUGCAGCAGGGAAGGAGGGCCACCUAGCUAACCCUGCUGCGAUGACAAACCACCAAGCACGUCGCUCACUCCUCCAGCUGUUGUCUUCACCCUGUGUCUUUACCUUUUAUUGUUAUAUGUUUCGCUGUUGAUAGGCGCUUGUUUGUCCUGGAGUCAUGGUAAUAUAAAUGUUACGUCUUUUA